AUGGACACUCCAGGAGGAGACACUCCAGGAGGAGACACUCAAGGAGGAGACACUCCAGGAGGAGACACUCCAGGAGGAGACACUCCAGGAGGAGACACUCCAGGAGGAGACACUCAAGGAGGAGACACUCAAGGAGGAGACACUCCAGGAGGAGACACCCAAGGAGGAGACACUCCAGGAGACACUCCAGGAGGAGACACUCAAGGAGGAGACACCCAAGGAGGAGACACUCUAGGAGGAGACACUCAAGGAGGAGACACUCCAGGAGGAGACACUCCAGGAGGAGACACCCAAGGAGGAGACACCCAAGGUGGAGACACUCUAGGAGGAGACACUCCAGGAGGAGACACUCCAGGAGGAGACACUCCAGGAGGAGACACUCCAGGAGGAGACACUCCAGGAGGAGACACUCAAGGAGGAGACACUCAAGGAGGAGACACUCAAGGAGGAGACACUCAAGGAGGAGACACUCCAGGAGGAGACACUCCAGGAGGAGACACUCCAGGAGGAGACACUCCAGGAGGAGACACUCCAGGAGGAGACACUCAAGGAGGAGACACCCAAGGAGGAGACAAGAAAAUAAGGACAUGUAGAAACGGGGAAAAAAUGGACACGAAAAAUCUAACUCGGAGGCAAUGGAACGCGGAGACAGUAGCGUAG